CCCGCCAGGCCCCCGGCGGGAUGGAGCCCGGGCCGCGGCGGCGCGCUUGCCGCCCGCUGGUCUCCGUGUUCCUGCGCGACCCGGGCUCGGGGCGCGUCUACAGGCGCGGGAAGCUGAUCGGCAAGGGCGCCUUCAGCCGCUGCUACAAGCUGACCGACAUGUCCACCAGCACCGUGUUUGCCCUCAAGGUGGUGCCACGUGGCAGUGGCGGUGGCGGGGCCGGUCAUCUGUGUCCCCGUGGGAAGGUGGAGCGGGAGAUCGCCCUGCACAGCCGCCUGCGACACCGCAACAUUGUGGCCUUCCACGGACACUUUGCUGACCGUGACCACGUGUACAUGGUGUUGGAGUACUGCAGCCGCAAGUCCUUGGCCCACGUGCUGGCGGCGCGGCGGACGCUGACGGAGCCCGAGGUGCGCUAUUAUCUGCGGGGCCUGGUCAGCGGCCUGCGCUACCUGCACCAGCGGCGGAUAGUGCAUCGCGACCUGAAGCUCAGCAACUUCUUCCUGAACAAGAAUAUGGAGGUGAAGAUUGGAGACCUGGGGCUGGCCGCCAGGGUGGGGCCCGGGGGCCGCUGCCACAGAGUGCUCUGCGGGACCCCAAACUUCCUGGCCCCAGAGGUCGUCUCCAGGGAUGGGCACUCCUGCCAGUCAGACAUCUGGGCUCUGGGCUGCAUCAUGUACCUGGUGCUGACCGGCGCCCCCCCCUUCGUGGCAGCACCCCUGUCGGAGAUGUACCAAAACAUCCGCGCCAGCCGCUACCCCGAGCCUGCCCACCUGUCGCCCGCCGCGCGCUGCCUCAUCGCCCGCCUGCUGGCGCCCGACCCGGCCGAGCGGCCCAGCCUGGAGCAGCUGCUGCAGGACGACUUCUUCACGCAGGGCUUCACUCCGGACCGGCUGCCGCCCCACUCCUGUCACAGCCCGCCCAUCUUCGCCAUCCCCCGGCCUCUGGGCAGGCUCUUCCGGAAGGUGGGCCGGCUGCUGCUGACCCAGGGCCGGCCACCCUGCCCCGUCACUCCUACCGAGGCCUCGGGUCCCGGAGAAGAUAGUCCCCACCCUGACUCCAUGGACUGGGGUGGAGAGGCCUCCCCGUCGGAGAGAGGGUCUCCCCGCCUCGAGGUCCCCGUCCACCUGCUCUCCCAGGGGACGCUCAGGAGUGACGUGGCAGGGCCCGAGGGGAGCCCGAGGCAGGAGGUGGACGCGGCCAUCAGAAAGCUGACGCUCUGCCUGGACCCCGGCCCCCCAGGCCCCACCGGGACCCCCGCCCCGUUCACCUCGUCUUUGUGCCCAGCCACACAGGCCCCCCGGGGAGAGCAGCGGCCCCCACUCUGGGCCCUCAAGUGGGUGGAUCAUUCCAGCAAGUACGGCUUUGGCUACCAGCUGUCGGACGGGGGCAGCGGUGUCCUGUUUUGGGAUGGCACCCACAUGGCCCUGCGCCCCCCAGGGGGCCGCGUCUGCUACGUGCCGGCCCGUGGGAAGCUGGAGACCUACGCCCCGAGGGACGUGCCCGGCCCGCUGGGCGCCAAGCUGGCCGUCCUGCGGCUCCUGGCUUGCUCCGGGCGGCGGCAGCGGCGGCGAGAGGAGGGGCGCCUGCCCCCGCCCGCCGGCCCGGGCCCCUGCCUGUUGCGCUUCCUGGCCUCCGAGCGCGCGCUGCUUCUGCUUUUCAGCGACGGGACGGUGCAGGUCAGCUGCCGUGGAGACCAGACUCAACUGGUGCUGAGCGGUGCGGACGAGGAGUUGCUGCUCACCGUGUGGGAUCGGGGCCAGCCCGGCGCCUCCUACCCGCUGGGUGUCCUGCGGACCCAGGGCUGUGCCCCAGAUGCCCGCCAGCGCCUGCAUCACGCUCUCCGCAUGCUGCAGAGCAUCUAGGGCCCCCGAGGGUCAGAGUGGACCUCUGCAUGAUGACGCCGGGGACCCAGGCUCCAUUUCUGUCCCUCUUGCUUCCCCAGAGGGGACAUCCUGGGGGACAGCUGAGGGAGCACGCAGGGGGCAUGGGGCGUGGGGUCCUUGCCUUGUGGCAUGACUGUUCCACCCAGACUUUUGUUUGGCUGUGGUUUUUGUUUUUUGUUUUUUU